AUGGAAGAGGCUAUUAGUAAUUGUUUGCUUUAUUGGAACUUGGAUAAGGUUUUUUCUGUUACUGUUGAUAAUGCUUCUUCCAACGAUAUUACAGUUAGAGAAUUGUCUAAACAGUUAAAUAUGCGGGGAACUAAUAUAAUGGAUGGUAAGCAGCUUCACGUGAGAUGUAUGGCACACAUAAUUAAUCUAAUUGUGCAUGAAGGUUUGAAGGAAAUUGAUGCUUUUGUCAAACGUGUUAGGCAAAUGGUGAGGUAUGUUAGAUCAUCUUCGGCAAGAGGAAGUCACUUUAAGAAAUGUUAUGAAGUUCAAAGGUUGGAUUGUUCUAAAACAUUAGAGCUAGAUGUGCCUACUAGGUGGAAUUCCACCUACUUGAUGUUGGAUACGGCACAAAACUUUGAGAAGGCCUUUGAUAGGUUUGAUCUUUUUGAUGAGAAUUUUAAUAAUUAUCUUUCUACUCAUGUUCUUGAAGAUGGAAGUGUUGUAGGUCCUCUUCAAUCUGAUGAUUGGGUGAAUGUAAGGAAUGCGAUAAAGUUUCUUAAAAGAUUUCACGAGGUCACCGUAAAGGUUUCAGGUUCACAUUAUGUUACUUCUAAUGUUCAUUUUGAGGAUAUAUGUGAUCUUGAUGUACAUUUGAAAGUGUGUUUAUCAAGUGAAGAUCUUAAUUUGAGUAAAAUGGCUGAGCGGAUGAGAGAAAAGUUUAAAAAGUAUUCGGGUGAUCCUGAAAAGAUGAACAAAAUGAUUUUUGUUGCUUCCGUGUUGGAUCCUCGUAAUAAGUUUGUGUAUGUUAGCUUUGGGCUUGAAGAGCUAUUUGGGGAAGAAGUAGGAAAGAAAUUCUGA